AUGGCAUCCGAGGCUACUAGUAGCCAUGGUCCCCCAAUUGCUCUUACCUUAUUCGACUGGCUGAAGCCGCGACGUAGCGUGGCUGUCGCACGCCUCAAGAACAACUGCUUCGCCCUGGUUAUCCUGCUGCUCAUAACGCAAUUGGCACCAAUCGUGCCGUCCCCCAUUACGUGCUUAUCGAUGCUACUCAAGGAUGGAAAGGAAAGGAACUUUGCUCUGCGAUGGUUGUGUUGGAUCGAACUAGCACUAUUUAGCAUUCUAUCUGCAAACAUUGUUCAAUCGUACAUUGGGAUUCGAUAUCCGCCAACACCAUGUGGGCCGGUGAACUCACCCGCGAAACAAGUCCAAGCCCAGACUCCUCAACUUGCUCGACCACUCAAGAGCUUUUCAACCCCUCUCUCUCAAAAGGGACCUUCCUUGUCAUCUUCAUAUGCUACUCCGAUCUCAACGCCUUCCCGCAUGGGCAACUAUAAAGGACCAUUAGCCACGUCCUCGCCUUCAUCCUCACCUUUCCAGAACUCACUAAAUUCCUCCUUCUCUGCAUCUUUGUUGUCGUCUCCUCUUGCACAUCGUGCGCGUCAUUCCCAAGGCCAAUCUGUUCGUUCCAUGCGCGGAAGUUUGCUUAUCCAGUUUGAAGCCGAUGAGGACGAUGAGCUCUAAUAAGGAACAACCUGACCUACCCAAUGUUUUAUUCAUUACAUAUACCACGUCAUGUACCAAUUCAUCCCGUGCAAUGCA